AUGUCUGAUUCACUGAAUUGCACCGGAGAAAUAUCUCGUAUUUCAAGCCUAAUUUUGGGAAUUUUUAACGGUGUCUCCGGGUUCGCAGCAAUAACGGGAAACUUUCUUGUGCUAAUUACUUUCAUCAAGAAUCAGUCACUCCGAGAGCCAAGUUACUACUUCAUGACUUCCUUAGCCACUGUGGAUCUCCUAGUCGGACUGGUAGUCAACCCGUUCUACGUUGCAAUUACAAACUUUGUCUCUUGGCAAUACAGAGAGGAGCGACUACUUCAGCUGGAAAGUUUUUUGGCAAUGACCGCUUCCACGAUUAUCAUGCAUUCACUCACUGUGAUGAGCGUCGAAAGAUUCAUUGCCGUGAAUUACCCUCUGAGAUAUCGCAGUUUGUCACAGAAAAACGAAGCUGCAUUGCAAUCGCAUGCGUAUGGACAUUCGGCCUGUCUUUCAAUUCCGCAUUCUUCGCUACCAGCAACGAUGACUUGCCAAACAUGUGGAUAA